GGUUUCACCGCGGGGGGUGAUGCCUUGGAGAGGAUGCUGAGAUGAGCACUUUUAUCUUGUCGGUGGACAGGAUAAUUUUGCAGAGGCAGUUGUACGUAAUUCUUCUCUGUGCCUUCUCAGUGGUGACAAAUCUCAAUGUUUUGACGCAACCUGUUCGACUCUAGACGUCCCGCUUGGUCUUGGAAUUUCCCUUGGCUUCAUUGCCCGGAGGUGGGGCCCCCGAAGUGAUUAAAGGCUUGUCCACGGACAGAUAGAUAGACAAAAUUCAACCAAUGAGCACCAGGCAGGGGUGGGAACCUCGGGUGCGAUCUCAGCCUAAAGCCCGUGAAGAGCAAACUGUUGGAGGAACUCAUCGGGUCGGGAAAGGGAACCAGUGCUUCUGGCCGAGACCCUGUGUUCGGACUGCGGUGCCACUUGUCUCUCUCUCUCCCCCGGGCUGCAUCUACAGGAACUGGCUGUGCGAGUUUCUGUGCUAGCGGGAGGAAGGGUGUUUCUGCCGGCGGAGGCAGCGGCUUGUAGUUCCUCUGCAGUCAGGCGAGUGCUUGCAUCAGCGAGAGGGUGGGAGCCACCAAACUACAUUACCCAUAGAGCCUUCGGGGGUGCCUGCAGUUCCGGUAACCUGAUGUCAUUUUUGCCCUGUUGGAGACUGUUGUGAGCCGGGGGUGGACGGCAGUCCGCGGAGUGCAGCCUUCAGCAAGAUGUCUUAUGACUGUGACCUUGACAGGGAUGAAACGCUGGAGUUGUUUUUUCAACAGCGGCCUGGUUCUCUUCCACAUGAGGACUUCAGUGACGGGAUUGAGUUCUUGAAGGACUGGGGCCUGAGUGAGCAUGAUAUGCUGAAUGACCAUGACACUGAGGAUUUCUUCAACUCCAUCCUUGGUUCCUUUGAUGACGAGACUCCCGUCCCAGUGUCAUCUUCACUGGACAGCGACAGUGGAAUAUCGGAAGACAACAACCACUGUGCCCAUGAAGAUAGUCCAUCACGCAGUGACAUCACGCUCUCUGAAAUCAUUAAUUCUGAAGUCAUAAAUUCUGACCAUAACUACUCGCUUUCCCAGAACUCUCAGAAUAAUGCAAAUUGUUUACACAGUGUGAAAACUGAGAAGCCCUCAUUAGAAAGGGACAUCUCAAUUGUAUUAGACUGGGAGCCUGACUGUUUGAUUGAAAAUCCUCAAGUUCUUCCUGUGGAGAAAAGUACAGGUCUUGUAACCCUCACAAUUGAAGACCUGCAGCAAUAUAGUAAAACAAAUCAACAUUGCUUUGAAGAACUGAUUCUGACUGAUGAGGAAAAAAGACUUUUAUCCAAAGAUGGAGUUCAGUUACCCACUUGCCUUCCGCUGACAAAGUCAGAAGAACGUGCAUUGAAAAGAAUCAGAAGGAAGAUACGAAAUAAACAGUCUGCUCAAGAAAGUCGCAAAAAGAAAAAGAAUUACAUUGAUGGGCUGGAGAGUAGGGUUGUAGCAUGCACUGUCCAAAACCAAGAAUUGCAGAGGAAGGUGCAGCAUCUCGAGAACCAGAAUAUGUCUCUAAUUGAACAACUGAGGAAGCUACAAGCAUUGGUCAAACACACAAGCACAAAAAGUGCUAACAUCAGUACUUGCAUAAUGGUGUUCCUGUUGUCUUUUACACUUAUCAUUUUCCCAAGUAUAAACCCAUUUGGCGCAAAGCUAAGAUCCCAGGAAGAGUCAUACAGUGUACUUUCCAGGACUUUACUUGACAGUGAGUCAUCCCAUGUCCGCUUGGUGUCAAAGGCCCAUAAUCCAGGUUCUGAUCCAGAGAUAAUGGAGAAUGCCGGGUUGGAUCAGGAGGUUCCUCAAACGUUAAUGUCAACAAGUCAGAAUCGCACGCCUGAGUCUUCAGACUUGGGGAAGUCCGAAUCCACUUCAACUUUGAGUAGCAACUCCUCUUCAGAUGUGGACAGAAUAAUCAAAGCUGCUGCCCAGAGUGAGAUAAGUCUAGGAAGGACAGCACCCAAAAGUGAAAAGGAUGACUAUAGCAUCUCAUCGAAGCCCAACUGGACAGAACAUUCUGCAACUGUGAUAAUAAAGACCCAUCCACGGUCUGAUGAAAUGUAACUGAUGUGCAGGAAGUUUCCUGCCUUUGAAUCAUGGAUUGUACAUCACUUACUUUUUAAAUUGUGAUCUGUGUGAGCAUGUGCAUCUCAUAUACUUGGGUACUGUAUAGGAUUGUUUUUUCCGGGUUUAUUCUCUUCGGUUGUUACAAGUAGAGGUGGGUUGAUAGAAAGCAAUCUUUUUAUUUUUCUAAAAUCUUAUAAGUUGUAUAUUCAAAAUUUUGCAUAAAGGAGGAAUUUACAAAAAAACCCAUUAGAGAUUGUUCAAAUAAUUCAACUCCCAAUAUCACUGUGGGUUUAAAAGUUCUGCUAAUCUUUCGAUGAGCACUUUUGCAACUUCUGCAAAUAAUACUCCUUGAAAAAUUCCCUCUUGUGGUCCUCUGGAAAGAAAGCUUAUCAAUCCCAAUACACUAGGAAUUAGGUGAAGGGACUUGACUAUUUUACUGAACGUGAAACAGUGAUGCACUCCCGAUAGUUCUGUUACAUGUCCCAUCCUAGAUAAGUAUGACCCACUGAUGUAUUUGUAGCAUAUUGUUACAGCUAUAAAUGUAGACUUCUGUGAAACGUAUACUGUUUGGUUCAUGUUGUUUGUUAUGCUUCUACUUAACUUGGAGAAUGAGCAGUUAAGAAUGCUGGCACUCCAGACCUGUCUUUGCCACAAUGCCUAAGAUUGCCAAGGUGUUUUUCAUCUCUUUAUUCGCCUGUGCUGUGAAGAGUGGCAGUCGCGGUUUGGCACCUUGUUCAUGUGAUUCCAGCAGGUUGCUGAGAUAAUUGGAAUUCAAACCAAAAUUUCUUUCUCUGUUGGCCCUUUAAUUAUCUCAAAUUUGCAAUGUAAAACAAUGCAAGAUUUGUAUUAAGUAAUGCAUACUACUUAAUAAAUGCUGGUCAGCUGCCUACUAGGGGCAUCAGAACAGGAGAAAAACAUCCCUCACCUCUAUGCUGUUAUACCAUUGAUUUUGCUUCACUUCUUUCUGUAUUGGAAGUCUGUUUGCCUCGUUUAACUACUCUUUCCUAAACCUAGGUCUGUAAUUUAAGGUUCUCGAAAGACAUGGUCUCAACAGCUUUUUGGGAGUAGAUUUCCACUUCCUUUUUCUACUUCUAUUAUUUUUUAUUUAAGCGUCUACGCUGCCUGAUUACGCCCGUGUAACCUACUGCCCCGUAUGCCCUUGGAAAGUAGGAGGAGGCCGGAGCACCCGGGGAAAGCUCAGGCUGGCACAGCCAGAAGGCAUAAACUCCUUACAGACAGCGAGGUGAAUCAAACCAGGUUGCCAAUGCUGUAAAGCGUUAAGCUAACUGCUAUACUAACGUGUUGCCUUGUGUGUAGAGCAUGCUGUAAUUGCAUUAGCAGAAAGAGGAGUCACUCGAGACUUCUUUAAGCAGUCUAUUUGAAAUGGUAGACUUAACACUUUUUAAAAAAGUAACUGCUUAUUUUGGUCGCACUUUAGAUUUUCUGUUUCUUAGAGCUGAAGGUUCUGCUAGGUAUUCCACAGUUACAGGUGCAGGAGAUGCACAAAGGGCUGGCUGUCUGGUAUAGUACUUAAAAGAUUUCUAGAUUCCUGUUCCCUGGCCAUUCAGAUUCCUUCCCAAGGACCAAGAAUCAAAUGUCUCAGCAAUAACACAACUCUCCCACAUCUACCUUUGAAUGAAAGCUUUAAAUGAACUGUUUAACUUUUAACUGCUGAAUUCCUUUGAAUUACUGCCAGGUUUCUGUUUGCGUUCUUCUGAGAAGUGCCAUGGGGCGUAUUAUGUUAAAAGCACCAUCUGUGCAGAGUGUAGCAAUGCAUGUUGCAGAAUUAGCACGCGGGCGGUUUCACAACCUGUUGUGAAAUGCAUUCAGCAUUGGACGGGUUACGAUUUUGUAGCUGGUGAUGCCUGAGUUAGUUUCAGUCUACGCCACAAAAUCAAAUGUAGGUGGGGUUUAUGAGAGUUUUAUCUCUAUUUGGAGAGGUAAAUAGGUGCAGGCACAAAUCAAACAAUUUAAUUAGUUGAUGGCAGCUAUUUAGUAUGUAGAUUCGGGAAUAACUGCUAAACUGUUUCUAUGCAUGAUACUGUAUACAAAUGCAAUUGACUAGGAUUCCUAACGCUGAAUUCCUAACGCUCCAAGCAUAGUAGGGAUCAUCCUUCAAUCACCAUCCACUGUUAUAUAGAAGUUGUGCGUUGGCACAAAUUGAAUUUUGAUAAGAUACAUAGUGAUGUUCAAGCAUUAGAAAGUGGUCUGUUAUAGCUCUCUCUCAGCAGUUGGGUGAGAAUCUUUAAUAUAUAGAACACUUCAGAUGAGCUUAACUAUAACCAUGCCACAUCACUCAGUGUUUCCCAUUGCAACACUGGAUGGUGUAGCCCUUUAAAUUGCUUGAAUGCUGCAUAAUAUUUUUUUUCAAAAUGUUUGUAGACCUUGUGGAAUGCCAUUGAUGGAAUUAGAAACAACUUUUAUCAACUUUUGAAAAUCGUUUUAUGUUCAAAGCUGUAAUUAGUAUUUUGGGAUUUUUUUGUAGCUAUUCUGUACUGGGAGACUUUGCUAUAAUUGUAUUAAUACCUGCUGGAAGCCUUUGUUGAACCUACUGAAUAUACUUAAGUUUUAAAUACAGCUGUAUAGUAUACUGUUUC